UAACUGGAAUAUAAGAAAUGGACUUUGAACAGACAGACUGACUCUUGGGGCCUGCUAACAGUCAAAAUGUCCAGAGGGACUCUCACUGUUUGGCUGCUAAUGAAGCUUGGGUCGCUUUAUCUGACUCCAGCUGCGUCAGAGACUGUGACAGCAUUUUUGGGUCAGUCGGUGACUUUGCCCUGUAGGUAUUCAUCCUGGUCUCAGAGCAACAGCAUGUGCUGGGGCAAAGGCCAGUGUCCCAAUUCCAAAUGCAAUGAGGAGAUAGUCCACACCGAUGGCCUGAGGGUGCUCUCCAGGAGGUCAGCAAAAUACGAACUUCAGGGGGAUAUCCAGAGAGGGGAUGUCUCCUUGACCAUCUUCAACACCGAUGAAGGUGACAGCAGUGUGUACUGCUGCCGCAUAGAAGUGCCUGGCUGGUUCAAUGAUGUGAAAAAGAACAUUCACCUGCAGCUAAGGAGAGCAACAACCCGCCUUCCGACCACCAGCACUGGUCUGACGACACCAACCGCCGGGCUUCCGGCAACGACCGCCAUCACGCCGGAACUCACCACCGCAGCACCGCAUCAGGCCGGAACUGCUGCUGCGCGCACGACGGCAGCCACGUGUCCGCCGACCUCCCCGCGCGCCCUCCCGGGGGCAGUCACGGCGCGGACGUCUGCGCCUCCCGCGGAGGGGCCCGCCCCCACUGCAGAAUCACAAACUUUCCUUCUCCCCAGUGACUCUCAGAGAAGCACUGAGGUGACUUCUGGAGACAGUGCCUUACUAACAUCCAAAGCGGACAGUUCAGUCAAUGGACCAGUGGCUCAAAAUGUGGUGAUUUAUUGUCUCACAGAAAAUACAUUUUCUUCUCUUUUCUCAGCAUCUGAGACAACAAUUCUUGAGCAAAAUGAAGUUGAAUCAGAACAGAUAAAAGUGACUGACAACUCAGACCUGCUGAUGAUCAUUGCUCCUUCCGUGGGAUUUGUGUUGCUGUCAUGGCUUGUGGUGUUUCUCCUUCGAGGGAAAGUCAAGAAAAGCAAUUGUUUCCAGAAACACACAAGGCUGGAUAAUGUUGGAGAAAGUAAAAAUGUCCUCGAUGACAUACAGCAUGGAAGAGAAGAUGAAGAUAGUCUUUUCACACUCUAAUGGGCCACUUGUUGUUAGGAUUAAGGAUGGGGGCACGACGCAUGAGUUGUCCAAAUAAUCUUAGAAUGUUUUGGGUUUUUUGUUAAGAAGCUCCAUCUAUUCCAAUGAUGUCAUUGAUCCAAUCUUGCAUUAGUUUCACAAGCAAAAGUUACUUUAGAGACCACACUUUCUCUGCCCCGUGCUUUUCUGCACCAUUGCUCUAAGAGAUCUUUCAGACCAUGCUUGAAUACUUUGGGUGAUGGUGUAAUAAUGCCGGAGGGCUUCAGCUCUGGGCCAGUUCACUCCAGAUUGGGUGACACCGAAUAACAACGGCAGAAAGUUGCGGGUAAAGGGGUUUAUACCAAGCUUUAUUUUUGCAGUGGCAGGUCAAGUGCUAGAAUCAUGUCUGCAUCCAGCAGUUUCCAAUCUGUCUCCACCUCCCCCGCAGAGUAGUAGGUGGAGCUCUUUAUACAACCAAACAGACAAUGGCUCAUUGCCAACAUGUGUGUAAGCACAUGCCUAUGAAGUAGGUGAAUUACAAUCAUUGCACAUGGGCAUGGGCAAGUAGAUUAGGGUCAGGUGAGCAUCUCGGCCAUGGGAACUUCCAUUCUCCCUGCAGAUGGUGAGUUCACUAUCACACCCAAAGGAGAUUAUUCAAUUUUAGGGCAGUUCUGAGACUUAGAAAUAUUUAAAACAAAGUCCGUCUCCACAUGGCAUCUCCCUGUCAGUCCUAGUUGAACUCAUUGUGUUUUGCAGAACAUGUCUAAUCUCUCUUCUAACAGGCAGUGUUCCAGAUACUGGAAGGAGAACCUCAUGUUCUCCAAAUUGCAUCUGGAACAUGAUUUCUGAUCCCUUCUCUACCCAAGUUAUCUUCACCUUAAAUGUAUUUGUAUUUUCCUUUUUAUACCCUACUUUUAGAGUUCAGUGCCACACUCCAGGUAUGGAUCUAUGCUUCAUCAAUAAUGCAGGAAAUGACAUCGAAUUGCACAAUAAUUUUGGCUCACCUCUAAAAUCCCUAGGUUUUCUGUAAUUUUCUGUUCACAUUUGAAUAUCUUUAGAGGUGACCAUAGCAUCACAUCUUAAUUCUUACUUGAGGAAUUUAAUUUUGGAAACCAAGAAUCCAUCAGAGCAAAAUGUGAAAAAUUAGGACAUUAAACCAGGACCAGUGCAUGGAUACGACAGUAAGGUGGUCCAGAUUAGUUUCUUUAAAUAUAAUCAUGGGAAUAUGUUCCUCAAUAAGAAUAGCUUUUUUUAAAUCUUUAAAAAUGUAAUAGCUAGCAGCAACCUGGGAGAAAGAUUAAAAUAAACAAUUGUCACAUGAA